CUGAAGUUUAUAACAUGAUUGUAAACAACACAUAUGUUGAUGAUAUUCUCUAUUCCAUUGAUACGGUAGAAAAGGCUUUUGAUUUGAUACAAAGAGCAGAACAUGUAAUAUCUCUUGGAAACUUUCAUGUGAAGCAUUGGAUAGUAAGUGGGCAACAUGAGAACCAUAGUAUCAACAUCAUGGAAUCUGACAAUGAGAAAAUUCUAGGGCUCAAGUGGAAUCCCAAGGAUAAUAAUUUCUCUUUUAAUGGAAAGGUAAAUUUCUCUCCUAAAGUUAAAAAGAUCCGGAGUGGUCCAAACUGGGAUCAUAGAGAGAUUGAGUCAAACUUCCCUGAGGUGCUCACUCGCAGAAUGAUACUAAGUCAAGUGGCAUCCUUCUAUGAUCCAUUGGGGUUAGCCGUACCAGUUGUGUUGAGAGCAAAAAUUUUGAUGAGAUCUAUGAUCUCAAAAUGUGAUCCAAAUAAGAGAGUGGAAUGGGAUGAACCUUUAGAUGCUGAUAUUGUAAAUGAAUGGAAAUGUUUUUUCACUGAUUUGUAUGGAGUAGAAAACUGCACAUUUAAGAGACCUCUGAAACCAGCCAAUGCAUCGGGUAAACCCAUACUUGUGAUCUUCUCUGAUGGCAGCACACAAGCGUAUGGAGCAUGUGCGUAUGUUAGAUGGCAGACUGAUGACAACAAAUUUCAGACUAAUUUGAUCAUGGCUAAAAACAAAAUAGCACCUAUGAGACAAUUGACCAUUCCUCGUCUAGAACUUUGUGGAGCUCUUUUGUCAGCUAGAUUAAGAGAAACUAUAGUGAGAGAAUGCAACUGGGAAUUUGAAUCCAUAUUCCAUAUUGUAGAUUCAUCUAUUGUCAGAGAUCAGAUUCAAAAGGAAUCGCAUGGGUUCCGGCCUUUUGUGGCUGUCCGCAUAGCAGAAAUACAACUGAAAACAAAUCUAAAGGAUUGGUGGUGGGUGGACACAGUUCAGAAUGUGGCAGAUUUAACUUCUAGACCAUGCACUUCAGAUAAGAUUAAGGAGGAUUCAACUUGGCAACAUGGGCCUGAAUUUUUGAGAUUGCCAAUUUCAGAAUGGCCAGUUAAACAGCAAUGUGCAGAUCACUUACCGGAUAGAAUAGGCAUUACUAUGACAGUUGCUAAAGGACACCUGAGAAAUUUAAGCAUGAUUAAUGUGAAAGGAUUUAGCAAAUAUGAAACUUUGUUGAGAGUUACAUGUAGGAUAAUGUCUAUAUUCAAGCAUAAAUCCUUAAAAGCUGUGCUGAAGGAGCCUACGUCUGAGGAAGAAGCAGAAGUACUGUGGGUAAAAACCAUGCAAAGUAACAUAACUAACUGGCAAGAUAGAUACAGAAGGUUAGGCCCCAUAAUGACAGACAAUGGAGUAAUUUUAGUGGGUCAAAGAAUAUCAAAAUGGUUAAAGGAAAACUGGAAUCAAGAUCACUUCAUGUUGAUACCAGCUAACCACCCAGUUACUAGACUGUAUGUGUCCAGCUUACAUAGUAGAGAUCAUGCAGGUAUUGAAACCACCUUGGCCAAGUUACAGAGUAAAUUUUGGGUGCCGGGAGCCAGGAAAUUAAUAAAGUCAAUUAAAGAUAAAUGUGUCACUUGUAGAAAACUCUCAAAACAAACUGAGAACCAGUGGAUGGGUCAGGUGUUAGAAGAAAGAAUGAAGCCAACUCCACCAUUCUAUCAUACUGCGGUCGAUUUGUUUGGACCAUUCAAUAUUAAGGACACUGUUAAAAGGAGAACUCAUGGUAAGGUAUAUGGGGUAAUAUUCAACUGCUUAGUUACUAGGGCAGUUUAUGUAGAUUUGGCAGAAGGAUACAGUGCAAGUGAUUUCAUGGCAACUUAUCAAAGAUUCAUCUCAGUCAGGGGUGCACCCAGAAUACUGUAUUCUGACAGAGGGAGCCAGCUGAUAGCAGCUGGAAAGAAUAUUGAAAGAAUUGGAAAAAAUGAAGGAGUUACUUGGAAAUAUAAUAGACCUAGUGAUGCACCGUGGUACAAUGGUGCCAGUGAAUCCCUUAUCAAAUCAGUGAAAAGAAAUCUUUGUAUUGCAAUUAACUUUUGGUGAACUUCAGACAGCCUUAUUUAAUGUAGCCAGUAUGAUGAAUGAAAGACCCAUAGGGGUAAAACCUUGCUUUAAUUUAGAACUUGGUAAUUACCUCUGCCCUAAUGAUCUAUUGCUUGGACGAGCUAGUGUAAAAUGUCCACAGGGAAUAUAUGAAUCAGAUGGAGACCAUAAAAGAAGAUUAGAGUUUAUUCAGAAAAUUGUUGAAUCAUUUUGGAGAAAAUGGCAGAGAGAUUUCUUUCCAACGAUGGUAGUAAGACAAAAAUGGCACACCAAUAGGAGAAAUGUAAGAGUGGGUGAUGUGGUUUUAGUUCAAGAUGCUAAUGCAGUUAGAAGAACCUGGAAAUUAGCUCAAGUAAUAAAGGCAGAUCCAGGUCGUGAUGGUGCUGUAAGAGAUGUAGACUUAAGGUAUAAGAUAGUCAAGGAAGGUAAAGGAUAUGAUGGGGUGACAGACAAAGUCAUGAGUAGGUCAGUGCAUAGGUUAAUAGUGUUAUUACCUAAGGAAGAACAAGAGUGAUGAUGAGCGUGUAGGAUCAUUGUAGAUAUGAUUUAUCUACAUGUACCAAAGCAUUCUAUGUACUACCUGUGUAUAUUGUAUGUUCACUUUGGUCGGGGUGGAGUGUAUCAUUAAAAUGAUAUGUUAACCAUCUAUUAUUUAUUUAUACAAUAUAUUUUUGUUAUCUGUGUUAAAGAAAAUGUAAGUUGUGUUCUGUUGGAAUGGGAGAAGUUUGGUACGCUUCUUUGUGGUGUUUUGUUUCACCCACUACCUGUGAACAUGGUCGGCCUGGCGGGUUGUCUAAGCCGGCCCACCAAUGUACUGUGGGUUGUUGUGUUGGGUGGUCCUCUGUGCUACAGACAGAGUUGUGAGGACGCCCUGGACUGGAUGAUAGUUGGGGUGGUGACAUGUCAGGUGUGCUACGGGGAUUCGAAGAGCGUCAGUGUGGGCCACUGAAGUCGAAACACUUCAAGCAAUAAACACCUGUUACGAUUUGUGGUUUAUUACACAUUUGGAAUCCCCAACAGU